AUGACAGUAGUAAUCCAAGCACUGGAGGUAAGAGUAUUUGUAACACAGUAGCAGUUGUAACUUGUUAACAGUUAACUAAACACCGGUUUUGUUGUGGUUCAUUCAACUUCAUUCGUUUAUUUUUAUCUAAUUUAAUGUGGGCAAGUGAGAAAUGGCCACGGGCAACCAAAUUGUAAGUGUUGACGCCCCAAGGGCAACCACUUUUUUCAAAAUUUUGCAAGCUAGAAGAUUUUACUCAUGGAACAUUGGAAAUUAAUUGGGCAAGGUGGUUCAUAAACAACAUAAUAACACUGUCCAGCAAUGCAACUAGUGGAGCACACUGUAUAGUUUAGUUUAGUUUAGUUUAAUUAAUUCGCCAGUAAAUUACAAUAACAUACAUAUAUAACAAGUUGCAAGUUUACUAAACAGACGACUGGCAGGAGUUAGAUACAGGACUAAUGUCCCAGUUGCCAUCCUACCCCUAUACAUCAAUACAAUACACUAAGAAAUAUUCACGCAGGUAAGCAAUACGUAGCUAAUUUAUCGAAGUAUAGGUUAAUCAUUUUAGUCUUAAAUAAAGUAAUUGAAUUACAAGAUUUUAAAUUAGAAGGUAACGUAUUCCAGAGUUCUGUAGCCCUAAUGAAAAACGACUUUCUAUAAUAGUCUUGUUUGUGCUUAAUAAUCAAGUUGUAGUUAUUUGGGUCGUAAUUACGUGUCCGAUAGCAAUAAACGUAAGUGUUCAGCAAUAAACGUAAGUGUUCUUUGCAAUAAACGUAAGCAAUAAACGUAAGCAAUAAACGUAAGCAAUAAACGUAAGCAAUAAACGUAAGCAAUAAACGUAAGUGUUCUUGCGUAAGUGUUCGAUAGCAAUAAACGUAAGUGUUCUUUGUUACACAGUAUGUGUGCUCCACUAGUUGCAUUGCUGGACUCAGAAGACAGUGUUAUUAUGUUGUUUAUGAACCACCUUGCGCAAUUAAUUUCCAAUGUUCCAUGAGUAAAAUCUUCUAGCAUUAGAAUUUAAAGUAAAAUAAUUAAAUAUGGUGCAUAAAAGUAUUUUGUGCUUUACUGGGUAAAUAUCUGUCUUAUGCUGCUAAUCUUACUCUGCAUGGACAGUGUGGUUGGCAUAGCUGCCAUUUGGCAUUUGCCCCUAGCUGCCUUUGAUAUGAACUGCAUGGUGAAUAGCCCACACUUUGAAUACUGAUAAUAUUGCCUUGUGGCGAGGAAACUAACACACAACAAACACAGGGUUAAAAAUAUACUAGAGGUUACUAUCGCAAGGAAAGUGCUGCCUCACCCCGCCUUUCAUCACAUAAGGAGGUAAAGCACCCCUAAGACACCUGUUCAGGAGGUAGGAAAAGGGCAAUUUGAAUAAGAAAACACCUUGCACAAAGUCGACGGUCAGCUAAAUAUUCUAAUUGCAUUGACUUCCACAAAUCCUCACUCUUCAAGAAAUUACUUCCUUGAAAAUUCCGGUAAUCGUUCUAUGUUUCGCGCACCAAUAUAGUAAAAGUUAUGUAAUGGAUAUUAUAGUGUACUGAAAAGUUAACUGGAUACCUCCAUACACAUAUAUACUAACCCUAACCUUAAACCUAACCCCUAACCCUAAUAGCUAACCCUAACCUAUAUUGGUGCGUGAAACAUGGAACGAUAACCAAAAUUCCUUCAUUCUAAACAAAGAUGAAGGACUUUGCAAAAGUCUACAGGUCAUGCCACGCAAGCUUUUAAUGAUUUGCAUUAUUCAAAUAGAUGUAGGUUUAUUAGCAAUUUCAUGACCAGUUGUCAUGGCUAGCUUGCCACUGAAUACUGUACAAUAUCAUAUAUAACAAACAAUAAUAAUUAAUACUUGAAUGAAUCAUUGGAUAUGUAGGAUUUAAUAACAAUUUCAUACAUAGAAAUACUACCAGUAAGUCAGUUUUUGUCCCAAUUAUCAUUUUAAUGGCACCUUCAAGGCUACCCUUACCACAGAACAACAGAACAAUCUGCCGAUGGGGAGACAAAAUCUAUUUUGUUGACAUUUUUGUUUAAUACGUCAGCUUCAUAUGACACCAUUCAUUGUGUAAAUGAUUAAGAUUGUAAUUGUUUAAUACGUCAGCUUAAUAUGACCCCAUUCAUUGUAUAAAUGAUGAAGAUUGUACUCAGUCAGAACUGCAAAACUAUAUAAUUAGAAAGAAAUUGUGAGCAUUUUGGAAAAAAGUCAGAUAAUUUUUCAUUUGUGUACAAUUGUGCGUUCCAUUUCGGACAUCGUACUGCUCAUUUGACCUUAUGCAUAAGGAUGUCACAAGGCUUGAUGCCCGCGAGGAAUUGCUUGUCAAAUGGCCACUAUUGAAAUUUUCCUGGACCGUGAUGACUACAAGACCAGCAUUCCUCGCAGGCAUCAAGCCUUAAGACGUCAUUAUGCAUAAGGUCUAUUGAUAUACAGUAAAGCCCCGCAUAAAAGAACCAGUAGGUUAUGAACCAUUAGCCUGAAAUUUGGCCUGUUAUUUUAGCUUGUUAUUUUAGUACUCUUGGGCAAACGUUAGUAAUAUAUAUGUUUAAAUCAAAUUUGGGCAAUUAAGCACCCAAAAUACAAUGUGUAGAAUACAAAAAAGUAUAGUGUGAAGUAAGAUUAUAUAAGAACCACUUUAAUUACCCAUAAUAACAAUAUUAAUAAUCAUUUUACUGUAAUAUAUAUAACUAUUUUUAUUGGCAAUUUUCUAAUUGACAUACAACCUACAUAUUUGUAAAAUUUGAUAUACAAUACCUUGUUGGCUUGAUCUUUUGACAGAAUCAGUAUACAACUUUAUUAUUGCAAACAUCAACGAUUGCCCAGCUAGCGAAAUCACACUUCAGUACGUGACUUCGCUUGUAUAAAAUAUAAAAUAUAGCGAUCUAUAGUUCACACAUGGCUAGCAAGUUUGGUACAGUUACAGCGAGUUCACAAUUUACUGCGUUUUUGAAAACAUAAUAUGAACGGCCCCUUUUGAUUUGAUUUGACCAAAUGAUCGCCACGAACACACACCAAAAUAUACACCUAGCGGAGAUAGAAUUUGAAUUUUUAUAAUGUAUUAAAAACAGACUAUCACGUUCAUUUACAUAUAUAAAUAAAAGUAUUCAAACGAUCAAAUAACUAUUUUUAUCAACAUACCUUCAAACAUAUAAUUUUUUUACUCCAAAAUCAAAAAGUAAUAUUGUAAAAUAAGCCUCGUGCAAUGGAAAAAUAUGCGACAUGCCAUAUGGCCCAAAUGGUCAUGUCAAAAUUAAAUGUCAUAGCUCCUAUGAAGGUACGGCAAACCGAACACACCUUUCGGAAGUGAUCGGAUUGUCAUCGUAAACUUCCUGCGUAUAUAAAUUUGUACACAACGUCAUUUGAAUUCUGUGACGUCAGAAAAUGCGACCCGAAUGAACGACAAACAAAUCUCAGAUGCUUUGGCUAAAAUACAUAAGUCGCGCGGGGAUCUGGCACGAGUAAAAACUGUAAACGUUGUCAAGAAUAGGUGGCAAUCUCGUUCCCCGAGCCUGCGAUCCUUGGGCAGGAAACGAAGGCUCUGGGAUAAUCCGAAUCAGACAUACAGAAAACUGUAUGUCGACCGAACUGCGCAUGCGUUGGCAAAAGCGAAACAAAUUGUUUGAAAUAUUUUAUUGUUUCGUCUAUAAAAUGAUGAUUUUUUCAGGGUUUUGGUGGAAAUGUUAAUGUUCUUCAUAGUGGAAUACAAGAGGUGUGUUAUUGACUGAAUAAGGAAAAUAUUGCGUGUGAAACAGGGUCUGUAUAGAGCCGGCAGGAGCCGCGAAGAGGCUGCUGUUGUCGAAGAAAAAUGUCACAAUUAAUUGUAAUCUUGUCCAUUCACCUCUGUGUCAGUUUGAAAAGGCUUUAAAUGUAGACAUUUGUGGUUCCUCCAGCAUAAUUUAGCCGUUUAACGCUAUUAUAUUUCUAAUGGUUGAAAGAGCGCGUGGAAAGGGCAAUUUUUAAGAACAAAAACAAUUACAAUGUACUGUGUGUUAUAAAUUGCUACUGUAGUAUUUAUAAAAUACCUGAAGAGAGUCUCAAUUCUAAUAUUAAGUUGGUUAUAAACCUUGAUAAUAUUAAAGUUUUCAGAAGAUUUGUAGGAAUAUUAAAAGGAAUUUAGACUUAUAAAACAUAUCAUUAAAAAUAUGAAUAUAGUGAAUUCCAUGUUUGUAUUGUGUUUAAUAUCAUCUCUAGAAAUUAACAGUUUAUAAACCAAAUCCUUGUUAUAUUUUUUAACUGCCCUUAUAGCUUUCAUUAUAUGUUUUAAUAUUUGCAAGCAGUUUAGUAGGUUAGGGAUGCAACAGCACUUUUCAAAUUAUUGAAUUAUAACCAAGUUUUGUGUCUGGAUAGGAAUUACUGAAAGAUUUAAUACAAUUUGUAAUGAUAGAGUUGGAGCAAGUUAAGCUGCAAUGUGCUUCAGUUUGCCCUACUUUGUUAUUUUAAGCUAUUUAACGCCAUAAUAUAUAUAUAUAUAUAUAUAUAUAUAUAUAUAUAUAUAUAUAUAUAUAUAUAUAUAUAUAUAUAUAUAUAUAUAUAUAUAUAUAUAUAUAUGCCAUUAUAUAGUCUGCGUGCAGGCUAUCCAUCUGCAUGUCUACCUAUCUUUGGUUAAUUAUCUCAUUAGAUCAUUAAGCCACAAUGCUCUAUAGUGCACCCUAUUUUGUUAUUUCACUGUACUUCUGGACAAUUUUUCUCAUCAAUGGCUGGAAAUGUAGUUGACUUCACGUUGAUUACUGCCAUUAAUUAAUUAACUACAGUACUAAAUACGACAUUCAAGGUUGGAGAUAUAGCAGGCAAGGUUGGAAAUAUAGAUAUAGAGUUUUUGUUGCCCCUCCCCUUCUCAGAGUAGGUAUGUGUUGUUUUAUAGUGUAAAUAACAAGUUUUUAUAUUGCAAUCAAACUGAUAGGGUAGUUGUCAUGACCAUGGUAAUAAAAAUAUUUCUAUGGCUCGGCAUAUAUAUUGGGCAAUUUUUUAUCAUUCAUCACAAAAUUAUACCUGCACCCUAGGUGGUUCCCUGCAGGGGGUCAUAACCAGGGGGAAGCUGAUGAAAAUGAAUUCUGGUAUUGGUGGCUGCAUGAUCACUUUCAUUUAAUAUGAAUAGAACAUUUCUUAAAAAAAAGUAUAUGAAUUUAUUAAAAAUAUUUAUAUGGUCUCCCAAUCUGGAAUUCAUACUUUGUAACAUCUGGAUCAAUGACGUUUUCUUGGACAGAAUCCAAUUAAUACAACCUCGAACAGAGGGCAGGGCUUCUUUGAAUUACUGUGUGGACAAGAUUAACAAAGGGAUUGCCAAAUUGGGAUGUUGUGCUACUCAAUAAAUUAAAAUCAUUAAAUACUUUAUGCUAUACAAUUAGCUGUCCGUAAUAUUAUAUUGUAUAUUAUUGUAUUUCAUAUGAAGUCAUAAAUUUGCAAUUGAUGGGUGGUCAACUCUAAAUCGAGACCCAGUCAUCAGAGCGAAUUAAUUUUUCACUGUAUGUGUUGGCCUUGUGUUUGGUAGCAAAUACAUGCAAUUUCAUAUCAUUUGCUCACUCCAGUACAACAUAAGCAUCAAUACAUCUUUUAGGUUGACCCCCUGUCAGAACCAAUGACAGAAUGUGCAAAAUGCCAUAGCGAAACCCAAGAAUUCAUUAUAUUAUUGUGCACCUAUAUCAAUGUUAAGCCCCAGAGGAGGGGGGUCGGGCAUAGGUGGGGGCAUUUUAUUUUUAGAGCAAAUUUUCAAUCAAAUGCCCCACCGUCGGGCAAUAAAUAGUGGUCAAAUGCCGCACCAUUUUGCAAUAAAUACUAUGUUAAUAAAACUCAUUCGGUUCAAAUUGCCCCAACUUGGGGCCAAAAUGCUAUUCAAAAUCCUCAGGGUGGGGAUGCAAUUGAUGAUCAAAUACCCCACAUAUGCCCAACCCCCUCCCCCCUCUGGGGGUUAACAUUGAUAGGUGCAUUAGGUGUAUGCAGACUGGAAUACAGUUAAUAUCACUGCAGACCUCUGAACUCUCACGCAUUCGGCGUGAGUCUCACGCAAUUCGCUUCACUCUCACGUUCUCACGCCACGUUUAGUAAAUCUCACGCAUAUAGCAGUUUUAUAGUAUUUUUUCAAUAAAUAAAUAUAAUAUUGUAUUCUUAAAUGCACAUUAUUAAUCAUUAUACGGAUCGCGAAUCGAAUAUAUAAUCGCGUGUUAUUGUUCCUGCAUAUACGGCCCGACAUUUUGGCUUUUGCCCGCAAUUUGGAUACAAAAUAGUGCGCAUAUGUAAAUACGGCGGACAAAAGGCAGAAUCAGUCGGAGCAGAAUUCUAUAUGUAAAUUAUCAAAGGCAAAUUAAAGCUCAUUACUGUAUGUCACAGAAAUACAGUUAUUGUAACUAUGAAGCAAUGACGUAUUUCAUUAAAAGUCUUAAGAAACACAAACUCUCAUAUUAAAUGUACGAAAUGCCAUUUCAGACCCCCGGACUUUUACAAAGGUGUCAUCCACUGAUCUCCAAUCUCACUCUUAACUUCUCUGCAAAGUUGAGAGGUCUGUAUCACUGCCUGUGAAAUUGUGGUUUAUUUAGAGAAUAAAGGUUUUUGAACUCUUCUAUAAAUAAAUUAUAACAGGAAAAGAUUCAUAUGCACUCAUAUAGGGAAGGGUUACAUGCUACAAAUUAAAGUACAGUAUAUACAUUAAAUAAUAAAAUAUAUAACUGUAAAUCCCAAGAUUGGAUUUAUUGAAACUAGUUAUUAGCUAGUUCUUCGCAAUUAAAUAACACAAAAACAAAUUAAUAAAAGUUGUUAACCAUUUCUGACACAAAUAGUAUUUGCAAAAUAUAGCACAUAUUUGAUAUUAUUUAACAAUUAUUCGCCGAAGGCGAGGUGAUUAUCGGUGAAUAAAAACCGAGACGAAGUCGAGGUUUUUAUUCACGAUAAUCACCGAGCCUGAGGUGAAUAAUUGUUUUAGUAUAAUUUCAUAGGUGAUUAUUUGGAAAAAAAUAAGAAAAUACACAUUUCUUUGUCAUUUAAUUGACAAAAAGGCUUCGGCCGCCAUUUUGAAAAUCGCUUAGGUGAUUAUCGCGUAAUAAUCACCUCAACGGCAACCAAUCAGCGUGGAGAAUUUAUAAAAAUCACCUAUGUAAUUAUACUAAAGUCAAAUAGUACAGUGUACUGACAGUACUGUAUACUAUGUAUAGAUUAAAACUACAGAAAACCUGUACAACAGAAAUAUGAGUAAACUUUUCACGCUCCAUUUAACUGUUGUGAUAUUAUACGCAUUAAGUAUACGUUUCUUUGCAUUUCCUUUGUAGUAUUAGUAUAUAGCACAGCUCUGAAAAAACCAAAACAAUAUUCGUACACUCCUAAACGGCCGCCAUGUUGUAUAUAAAAAUAUACGGUUAAAAAUUAAUUUUUGCAAAAUUGUAACAUUCCAUUGUAUACCAGCAACCAAUCAUAUUAAUUUCUGAGAUGGAUUAUCCCAGAGCCUUCGUUUCCUUCCCAAGGAUCGCAGGCUCGGGGAACGAGAUUGGAAUAGGUGGCUGAAUUCGCUCGGCAGCAAUAAAUAUAUAACUAGGUACACACACAACCACAUGUUUUAAAUCAAUAGAGAUUGUGUGUAAAUUAAUUUAAUGGAGCUAUCUUAGUUGGAAAUUGUUUGUUAAAUAAACCAAUACCAAACUGUACAAUGAUAUGAAGUUGGCUGUCAACCAGGGGCAUAGUAAAGUUUUCAGAAGAUGCAAAAAGUGCCCUUUGCCUUUGUGAAAAAUGUUGUUCAGAUUGCAUAAUUUUUGACUUAGAGAUGCUGCAAAGCAAUAUCUGUGAGCUUUUGUGGUUACUUGAGUGUGGGGCAGUUAAACAAUGAAAUUGACCAGCUUGCUUGGCGUGUUCUCUUUGGCCGAGAAUCGGGCCUUUCAGAACCAGAAAUCGGGCUGGAACACGACAAAUGGCAAAAUUUGAAACUUUGAACAGCCAUACAGUUUAGCAAUGUUCUCAAAACACAAGGACUGGCAUUGUUUUGAUACUGCAAUGCUAUUAGAUUGCUCAAUAAUGUAAUUCCACAAACUUUUUGCUAAUAAAGGAGCUUGGACGUUCUUAAUAACUUGAUCAACAUGUAAAGAAGUAGGUUUGCCAAUUCUUGUGUGCUUUCUAAAGCACGAUUCAGCGAUUCUAGCAAUAUCAUUAAGUCAUGAAUUUGGUACCCACAGGGCUGAGGGCCCCUUCCCAGCAACAUAAGCAAGUGGUCCAAGCUCUUCUGAUUUCACUGAUAAUUACUAGUAGAAUACAGGCGGUGUGCGACACGAGCGCGCAGAGCAUGCUGGUUGAAAAUUAAAUUGCGCUCAUAUUCCAGUCGACUUUCGUGGUGUGUGUGUCUCUUAAUUAAGGCGAUGGGAAUCACUGGUCUUUUGCCUCUUUUAAACACAAAAAAAUCCGAAUAUCGGAAUUUUCUGGAAGGUUGCGGCAGUGGAUGCAUAUUGCUGGCUUCACAAAGGUGCUAGUUUGUUCGCUGAAGACGUCGUGAUAAGGAACGACGAUAAAAAGUAAGUUCAAUCAUUAAAUAUUUAUGUUUUCUCCUCGAGGUUGAGGUAGUCUCACAUGUGUUUAUAUUCUUGUAUUAGAUGCAUUGAGCUCUGUGCGGCAUAUUUGGAUGUUUUUGAGGAGAAUAACGUCACUGCAGUUGUUGUUAUGGAUGGUAGAAAGUUACAAGAGAAAAUAGUAAACGAAAAUCGGGCAAGGUACGACCUCCAAGUGUUUAAGACUUGAGAGUAGUUCGUCUUGUUAUAAUUUGUAUAUCCCGUUAUAAUAAAUCUGUUCCUUCGAAAUAUAUAGAGCACGAGAUGAAAACCUUUGCACUGGUUUACAAUUGUGGAAUGAAAAUCGACGGGACGAAGCUGCACGUUUUCUCAAGCAGGGGGCAAAUGUAUCGACCAAAAUGGCUCUUGAAUUGAUCAAGGUAAACUGCGAAUAUAAAAAGUCUAUGAAGAUUUCUAGUAGAGCUCCAAAUCGUUUAAAUUGUUGGAAUAUAUUUUAAGUAGCUUUUUUUAUGCAUGGGAAAAUUAAAUUUAAAAAAAAAUGUUACAUUUUUUCCAAGAAGGGACAAUAUAAAUAACCUUUCUGGUAGGGAUGUUGAUAUAAUUCACUCAUGAGUCAUGAUCAGAGAGCCAUGACUGUGGCUUGUGUUUAUUAUUUCUAUUUGAAAUUAUUUGAUAUUACAGUUAUGUAGAGAAAGACAUAUCACAUAUAUUGUGGCACCUUUUGAAGCAGAUGCUCAAAUAGCCUUCCUGCAACAGAAUGGAUUUGUAGACAUAGCCAUAAGUGAAGAUUCUGAUUUACUUGUUUAUCGAUGUGAUCAGGUUUGUUUUUUUAAACCCUGCCAAGGGGCGGUUUAUAUGCAACCAGACUAGCUCGCACAGUGAGAAAGCCUAGUGAGCAUGAAAUAGUUUCAUGUGAAAAUUUAAUCUUGCUUUAAUGAGCGGGACAAUUUUAGUUGUUUUACAGUUUGUUGCAGUAGUUGGUAUGUUGACCCAAUGAGUUUCAAUGUACCCAAAUGCACCCUAUUUUAUUAUUUUACUUUGUCUAAUGCCAGGUGAUUUUACUUGUCAAUAAGAGAGUAUUACACAAUCAAACCCCAAAAUUCCUCAAUGCCUCAUUUGGAUAAUUCCAUAUAACACGUUCUACGAUAGGGUUGCAUAUUCUAUUCAGCUCAAAAUUAGACAAAUCUUACGAUUUGAUGAAGAAUUUGCAAUAAAUGUUGAAAAUUUUGGAUAA